AACAGAACGGAUGCAACACAGCGAUGCACUGUGCUUUUUUACUUCCCCUUCAGUUUCUCAACUUCACGACUUCUUAGUAAGGAGGCAUUGCAGUGGCAAGCACUUCAAGUUCUGCCUGCUCAAGAAUACUUCUCGAGCAUCAGUAGUAUUGCAAAUAUUACGAGUAUAAAUAGUUUACGGUAAUUCAGCCAGACGGCUAGGCUUUGACUGUAUGUGUGAACUGUGUGCUUGAAACCAUCUGCACUUUCAACAUCAUCACAUCAGUUUCUAGGAGUCUCAGAAGAUGUCCCAGGGAACAAGCCCUGGAGACAGAAUGGCUUCUUGAGACCCAGGUUAAGUGGCGCACCGUAGGUUAAGGUUAUUGCGCCUUUCAGUGGCCUCAUGGGAAUCUAGGGCUGUGACACUUCUCCACGCAGAUUGAAGGAACAAAGUGUGCUGCUCGACAGAAACAUUCGCAGCAUCCAAAUCGACCACCUCACACUGCUUAUGGGCUCUCCUCUGUCCCUGUGAGCCGACAGCGACCUAACGUGACUGCAGAGAAGGAGCGAAGGGGCCGCAGGCCGAGAUGAAUGGCAUGUCGGAGGUCUCCGUUAAAUGCGUGCUGGUGGGUGACUCGGCGGUGGGCAAGACCGCUCUUCUUGUGCGUUUCACCUCAGAGACGUUCCCAGACAGCUACAAGCCCACAGUGUACGAGAACACCGGCGUGGAGGUCUUCAUGGAUGGCGUGCCCAUCAGCUUGGGCCUGUGGGACACGGCAGGCAAUGACACCUUUCGUCAGAUUCGCCCCAUGUCCUACCAGCAGGCCGACAUAGUGCUGCUCUGCUAUUCGGUGGCCAACAUCAGCUCGUUCGCCAGUGUCCGCAACAAGUGGAUCGCCGAGGUGCGAGCCCACCUGCCCCACGUGCCCGUGCUGGUGGUGGCCACGCAGACCGACCAGCGUGAAAUGGGUUCGGUCCGAGCCAACUGCAUCACGUCCUCGGAGGGCAAGCGGCUGGCUCACGACAUUCGGGCCAAAGGCUACAUGGAGUGCUCCGCACUGAGCAACAGAGGCAUCCAGCAGGUGUUUGAAAACGCCGUCCGGACUGCGGUAAACCAGGCCAAGAAGCAGACCCGUCGAAAGUUCUUUGACAUCAACCAAUGCAAGAUAGUCUAACUCUUCUACUUCCAUUUUAAGUGCAUUGUUUUACAUACAUUUUGUUCUUAAUUCAGUGGUUCCACUUCCUUUCAGCUGAGGACGAAACUCUAUUGACUGCUUUUAUUACCAUGAUGCUCAGGUGGUACGUAGGCUUCUGAGCUCCCGCUUUCUCACACCAUCGGUUCCUGGGACUUUCUGUUCACUUUCUACUGAGCGAAUGAAAACGUGCAGAAGAAAUUCUACAAAUUUACAGUGAAGGAUGUGCUGUGGAAAUCUCAGAAGGGUUCUCGCUCUGCAUUAUGCUUGAAGAGUUCAGUGCAGGGUGUUGCAGCUUCCACCACUGAACAGUGUGCAGUCAAACAGCUAUUUUUAUUUAUUCACCAUUUUCAUACACACUGGAUGCACAGAUUCGGUAUUUUUAUUAUUGCUCACACUUUCGGAAAGGGAAUUAUAGUGGCAUAGCUGUUUUGAAAACUUUGUCAAAAUCUUUUUCUUGUCGUAGUAUUUCUCCAAAGGAGAACAGACACACUUUUUGAUGUUUCUUUCACCGAUAUAGAAAUAAUGGCCACGCUGUGACUUUCUUCCACUCUGACUUGUUUUAAAACAUAUCAGAAAUAAUCCCAGACUGAAAAUGCAGUCUUUCCACACAUACCUUGUUUCCCUAUAUGGUGCUUUAGGUGUCUGUUCUGUCUGAUUAUGCAGACUUAUGUCCGAAGGGGAAGGUAACUAACAGGCAUAAUAAAAGUAAUGUAUAUA